UCGAGAUCUGCCAGCGGCUGCAGGGGUGGAGUAUAAAGUGACUGCAGCCAAGUCGGACAACUUCUACUCCUCGUAUUGUGCGAAACCUGACUGCAAUGGCAGCACUGCCAGAAGGCUGUAGAUAAAUUUAUACAAAUAUCACCUGCAUGCAUAUUACUUUUACAAUAACCAACGUCUGAUACAAACUUAGCAGUGGAAAUAAUAAACUAUUGUGUAUAGUGGCUGUGAUGCCCGGCCGUCCGCUCCUCGUGUGUGCCACGCCCCCCUGCUUACCCACGUGUUAGUUCCUGAUCGUACCCAGCUGUGUCCGUUUAUUUUGAUUAGUCUUUGUGCAUUUAAGUCCUGGUCUGACCUGUUCCCGUUGUCUGUCAUUGACGUUACCUGCCGUUUGUCCUUGCCUGCGUUUCCGUCCUGUUCCUUAUCCCUAUUAAACCCUCGUUUGCCCCGUUACCGCCUUCCUGCCUGGUCCUUCCUGCCCACCUGCCUCACCCGUAUUCUAGUAUCGUGACAGAAUGACAGACCAUCAAAAGAAGAAGAGGAAGCAGAGGAAAAGCAAGACUCCAGAGGAAUCGCUUUGUCUGGGUGCCUGCUCGCUUGUCAGCCAGGGGCUUCCCUCCGUAAUCCAGGAGGGAGAGCUCGUCCCCUGCUCAGCCCAGGAACCGCUCAGUCUGGGAGCCAGCUCCUUGGCCAGGCUUUGGGGCUCCGGUGAGGACGAAGGAGAGGAGCCCUUCCUAAUCCUAGACCCGAAGCCCUUUUUCCCAGACCAUCAACCGCCCUUCGAGCGAUAUUCUUUCCGACCGGAGCAUCUGGACAAUUGGGGAGGACUCUACUGGAGGGUGAUCGAGGACCCGGCCACUCUAGUGGGUCCCAAGGCGGAACUACUCAAAGCCAAACUCCAGAGGGGCUUCGAGGAGUUCUCUCCCGCUUCGGAGCGGGUCGACCUCGAACGUCUCGGGGCGGACCUGCAGGAGCUACUCCAGCUCCGGAGGACUCCGGACCCCGCACCGGAGCAAUCGCCUCUACCGGCGAUUCCAUCAUCCCCGCAAUCACCUCCGCUGCCUACGCAGCCGCAUCCUCUGCCGCCUGCUGCACCCGAGCAGGCACUUCCUCCACCAGCGGACCAGGCUCCCGAACAGGCGCAGCCGCUUCCGCUGCUGGCGCAGCCGCCUUUGCUGUCAGCGCAGUUGCUCCAGAGCAGGCGCUUCCCUUGCCUGUGGUCCCUAAGACUCCUGAUCCGGACCUCACUCCUAUCCCUCUGGCCCCAGUUCCCGAGGAGGUUCCCCUUCACGACCUCGUCGCCUGGCCUCGCUCCCUCCGCCGGUUCCUCGGCGGUCGCCUACGGGUUCCCCGAGGGCGGCGCCUCCGUCACUUGCGGAUCUUCCUGCUCCGGUGCGGCGGAGGACGUCGCCACCUGCGGCGGCUCCCCCCCUCUCCUUGCCUUCGCCGGGGUCCCUGCCUGCUCCCUCGCCCCCUUCCCCAGUGCUCCCUCCGGCUCCCUCCUUGGCCCCUUCCUCGGUCCCUCAUUCUGUCUCCUCGGCCCCUCUGGGGUCCCUUCCGGCUCCGACCUCCUGGCCGUCUGCGGACGAAGGAGAGGAGCCCUUCCUAAUCCUAGACCCGAAGCCCUUUUUCCCAGACCAUCAACCGCCCUUCGAGCGAUAUUCUUUCCGACCGGAGCAUCUGGACAAUUGGGGAGGACUCUACUGGAGGGUGAUCGAGGACCCGGCCACUCUAGUGGGUCCCAAGGCGGAACUACUCAAAGCCAAACUCCAGAGGGGCUUCGAGGAGUUCUCUCCCGCUUCGGAGCGGGUCGACCUCGAACGUCUCGGGGCGGACCUGCAGGAGCUACUCCAGCUCCGGAGGACUCCGGACCCCGCACCGGAGCAAUCGCCUCUACCGGCGAUUCCAUCAUCCCCGCAAUCACCUCCGCUGCCUACGCAGCCGCAUCCUCUGCCGCCUGCUGCACCCGAGCAGGCACUUCCUCCACCAGCGGACCAGGCUCCCGAACAGGCGCAGCCGCUUCCGCUGCUGGCGCAGCCGCCUUUGCUGUCAGCGCAGUUGCUCCAGAGCAGGCGCUUCCCUUGCCUGUGGUCCCUAAGACUCCUGAUCCGGACCUCACUCCUAUCCCUCUGGCCCCAGUUCCCGAGGAGGUCCCAAGGGACUCCAUCGAAGCUCCUCCCUCUACGGAGGAGGAGGAGCUUGAAUGGGACCCCUCGGGGACCUUGCUGACAACCCCGUCACCUUCACCCCGACGAGCCCGACCCCGGUUGCGGGUCCUCAUGUCUGUGUCCCAUAAGGGGAGAGGACACAGACGUCGGGCUAGGGUCCCUCCCUCCCUGCCCCCUGGCUCGCCCUCGCUCGCCUGCGCUGGGGCUCAGGGGGCGCCUGCGGGACCUGGUCCGCCGGCUCGGCUCUCGCCUGCAGGUUCCCCUUCACGACCUCGUCGCCUGGCCUCGCUCCCUCCGCCGGUUCCUCGGCGGUCGCCUACGGGUUCCCCGAGGGCGGCGCCUCCGUCACUUGCGGAUCUUCCUGCUCCGGUGCGGCGGAGGACGUCGCCACCUGCGGCGGCUCCCCCCCUCUCCUUGCCUUCGCCGGGGUCCCUGCCUGCUCCCUCGCCCCCUUCCCCAGUGCUCCCUCCGGCUCCCUCCUUGGCCCCUUCCUCGGUCCCUCAUUCUGUCUCCUCGGCCCCUCUGGGGUCCCUUCCGGCUCCGACCUCCUGGCCGUCUGCGGUCCCUCCGGCCGCCUCCCGUCGCCCGCUGGGGCUCCCUCGGGCUCCCCUUUGUUCCCCCGCCUUCUCUCCCUUCUCCCCGGCUUCUUUCCCUCCUUCCUUCGCUCCCCCUUUCUCUGUCCCUGCGUUCCCCUCUCCUCCUUCCGUCUUCGUCCCGCCUGUCUCUGCUCCUCCUUUCCCCCUCCAUGAAAUAGCCAAUCGGCUACCCAUGUUCGGUGGCUUGAAACACUAA